GUCGUGAUGAGCCGUCGGCCUGUUUGGAAUAUGAAGGGGGCCGAAGGAUCUGCAGAGUAUAGGACCAGCGAGAGUGACGAGGGGUACGUAAACCAUGGCCUCAACGGUUCCAGGGGAAGCUUAGACAUGGAAAACUCGAACGGGAUCCGGGAAUUGCCUCGCGAGAUACGGGGCUCCUCGGAUUUCAUCUUGGUGGAAGAACGCAACGUCUUGCAGAAGAAAAAAAGUCCGGACGGUGCGUUCAAAACAUCUGUAAGCUGGGCGAGGCGGAGGGCGCGUUCUGUAUGCACGAAAAAAAUGCUUUACAAAAGACUUCCGGUAUUGAAAUGGCUACCGAAUUACAACACACAUGACGCCCUUGGUGACUUGGUCGCUGGGAUCACGGUUGGAUUGACGGUCAUACCUCAAUCCCUUGCCUAUUCCAACAUCGCAGGUCUUGCGCCCCAGUAUGGACUCUACGGCAGCUUCUUGGGAUGCUUCAUUUACAUCAUAUUCGGUUCGUGCAAGGACAUUCCGUUCGGUCCAACGGCCAUCGUUUCACUCUUGACUUAUCAGACGGUUGCGCAUCUGGACUCGCCUUACCAGUACGCAAUUUUGUUGACCUUUCUGUCGGGCGUCAUUGAACUGUUGAUGGGAAUUUUUGGACUAGGAUUUCUCAUAGACUUUGUCUCGGGGCCGGUAAGUUCCGGUUUCACGUCCGCCGUUGCCCUCAUAAUAGUAUCGUCACAGGUCAAAGAUCUGCUGGGCAUAUCCGCGACUGGAUCAACGUUUGUACAAAUGUGGAAAAGCAUCAGCAAGAACCUUACCAACACUUCGGCCUGGGACGCCACCCUCGGAGCCUCGUGCAUAGCUCUUCUCCUCAUUCUGAGGAUGGUGGCUUCUAUCAAAAUCGGGCCCGAAGAUGAAGAGCUCCGGACAACGAAGCACCGAGUUAUCAACAAGAUCAUUUGGCUCAUCGGAACUUCGAGAAACGCGCUUCUGGUCGUCAUCUGCGGAAUUCUGGGCUACAGUUUCACCGAAACACCGCCAUUCCAACUGACCGGAUACAUACCCGGUGGAAUGCCAACGGCCCAGCUGCCGCCGUUCAGCUUUACAAAAGACGACAACACCACCGUCUCGUUUUUCGAAAUGUGCUCGAACCUCGGAAGCGGAAUUCUAGUCGUUCCGUUGAUUUCUCUGAUGGAGAACAUCGCGAUUUGCAAAGCUUUCGCAAACGGGAAAACCGUCGACGCAACGCAAGAGCUGAUCGCCAUCGGUGUAAGUAACAUCGGAAACUCCUUUGUUCAGGCAUUCCCCAGUACAGGAUCGCUCAGCAGAAGUGCGGUGAACAAUGCGUCCGGAGUAAGAACACCGAUGGGUGGUCUUUACACAGGUCUACUGGUUAUACUGGCGCUGUUGUUCCUCACCCCAUAUUUUAACUACAUCCCGAAAGCAAGCUUGGCAGCGAUUAUAAUUGCCGCGGUGAUCUUCAUGGUCGAAGUAAAGGUGGUCAGACCGAUGUGGAGAGCGAAAAAGUCCGAUCUGAUACCAGGAAUAGCCACUUUCCUGGCCUGCCUGGUUCUCCGGGUGGAGAUUGGAAUCCUCUGUGGAAUCGGAAUCAACGUUCUAUUCAUACUUUAUCACGCUGCGCGGCCAAAGAUUUCUGUCGAAGAAUUAACAAGUCAUCGAGGUGUUGAAUAUCUGAUGCUGACGCCGGAUCGCUGCCUGAUAUUUCCCUCCGUUGACUACGUCAGAAAUUUAGUUACCAAAUACAGCAGCCGCGUACGCAGCGUCGAGACACCGGUUGUUAUAGACUGUACGCAUAUUUACGGGGCUGAUUACACAGCUGCCAAAGUAAUCGAGAGUUUGACCAAGGAUUUUGCCGCAAGGGGACAGCCCUUGUUUUUCUACAAUUUGAAACCGUCGGUUCACGCUGUUUUCGAGGGCGUAGCACCCACCGAUUUUGUCGUGUAUUACACACAGUCGGCUCUCGACGAUCUUCUCAAGCAAAACGAUCCUCCAAAAUUACCAAAAGGAUUUUCUGCCGCCUGAGGAGGAUGCAAAUUGUAGGCUCAGAGUCGGCCUGUGGUUCAUUCUGUCGGACGAUAGUGAUAAUAAUAGUAAUGGUAAUAACCAAAAGCAGUAUUAACCUGUACGAUUAUUUAAACGCAAAUUGUAAUUAAAUCGAUGUUGUCAUACAAGUAACGUGUUGUUGCAAAUCAUACACUUUUGCAGUAUGUUUUGUUUCAGUCGGGAUUAUAAAUUAUGGUAAGUGGACAAGCUUAACGAUACACAAUUCCGAACAAAAAGUUCAAACAACACAUUCUGUAAAAGAAAUAUUCAUGAAAUUAAUUAGCAAUAGUUGUAUUAAAUAGGUGCAUACAUUUUCAUAUAAAUAAAUAUAAACAUAAGUACUUACCUCAUUAUGUCUAGACAUCACAGUUUCAUAAACGCCAUGUAUAUUCAUAUCGUACAGUUACGCACUUUGUUUUAUUCUUUUCGUCGUUAUUAAACUCCAAUGUUAAUAUAAAUGAUACAAUGACAAUUGAUGUAUAACCAUUGAUCGCUCAAAGUGUUUACUGCGUAGAAUCAUGUUCUUGGUAUGCAGAAUUCGUCGUGACCUGCAGAUGGGAAAAGAGUAUUAUUGUAAGAAAAUGAAAAUUAUGGAAAUUUAAUGAAUCGUGAGUAGCUACGGUAAAAUAUACAUGGUGGUACAUUUAUUGGAUUACUUAAUUUUAUUGGCAGCAUGUACAUAUUAUAGAUAUAUUAAUAAAUUAAUGAAUACUACUGUGAUAAUUUUAUAUAAGGAAAGAAAAAACUGAUCAAAAAAUCAGUGAGUAAAUAAAUAAAUAACGAAAUAAAUAAGCAAACGAAUGAUCAACUGCCACAAAAAAGGCCAACAUGUGUGUUUACCCAUAAACGAAGCUCUUUGCCUUGCAGAUAUUUAAGAUAACGAAUUUGAAGAUUAGUAAAUUACGUUAAGACUGAGUAUUAUUUGUUGUAUUAAUAGUGUACUUUAUAAUAGACGCAAUUCGUAAACUAUUCAAGUCUCUUUUCAUACAUGCUUAUAAAUGUGAUAUUGCUUGUUUUUAUCGUUCGGUAAUAACGUUGGGUAAUCAUAGUUACAUGUAGGAAAUAUUUAUCCAACAAGGUGCCCUAAAAUUAUAUAUCAGUGUAUUUUUAUACCCCAAUAGCCACUCGUUCAAACUUUUGCUUCUCGCUUUUUAUGCGGUUGAAUAUUUUGCUUGAAAAUUGACUUCAUCCGUUAAUCCUGCCGUGGAUCUUUGUCGUCAGCUUUGAGACGUCAAUAACAUUUUUUUAUAAUCAAAUAUUAUAUAUCUAUGCACGUAUUAAUUGUUAUUGAAGGGCUACUGGCGUAUAAAUACACGUGUGUACGUUUACAUGUACACAUUAUUCAUAUAUUAUGAAGAUAGUCGCGAGCGUGCUUCUUACAAUAAUUAACAAUAGGCAUUGAACUAUAUAGGUAUGUGUAUAGUUUAUUAAAUAUUAGUUGAGCAAAGCAACGUGCUUAUUAUAUAUUUCAGUGUAUAACGACGUGCACUUUCUAAACACAGUAUAUAUAUAUAUUACAACCGUAUUUUUCGAUAAUUCUUAUUUUAGAAGG